UUUGUGACCAUCAAUAAAAUUAUUUGUUGUGUUGAUUGAAAUUUGAAAUUUAAUUUACUAUCAUGUAUACAAAAAACAGUGUUUGUAAUACAGCUAAUUAACUGUAAUUUUAUGUAAAUUAUAAGUGAGGUUUCUUCAAUAAAAAUGAAUUUUCGUCUGAUGACAAAACAGCGACUGAUUGUGCUGUGUGUUAUUUUAGCUUUAGUUAUUAGCGCAAUAUUUUUGAAGUUGCUUUACAUUCAAGACAACUAUGAAGGCUCGAAAACAUCAAUCGAAAGAUGCUUUACAGAAUUGACUUCUACUAAAUACCAAUUAAAUGUGGUUACGGAGUACAAGAAUCGUAUAGACAAGCUCCUGACAGAAAUGGAGAAGAAACAAAAAUUAGAAAAAGAACGCUUCAGAGAUGUGAUGGAUAGCUGUGUUGCUAUGAAGCAGCAGUCUUUAAUAUGUCAGAGUCAAUUUGAAGACCUACAAAGUGAAUGCAAGAAAGUUAAAGAAGAUUAUGACAAAGUUAAACAAGAAAUGGAAAAAGCAAAACCAACAAGGUAGCUGUAAGAAAAGUGUAAAAGUAUAAAUACAAUACUAUACUAAUUCAUGCCUUAGGUGACUGCUACAAUAAUUUAGGUAAAAAUAUAUUAAUUAAGUUAAGAUAAUGUGUUAAUCUUGGGCAAAUUCAAAGUGACAACAGUGUAUGUUACCCUCUGGCCAGCAUGCCAGCAUGCAUAGCAUUUUUCAAUCUUUUUGAUUUAAUGGCCUCGAGAACGGAGGUCCUGGGUUCAAUCGCCAUUUGCGCCGUUGAGGUUUUCUUAAUUACCGGCAAAGACGCCAUUAACGAAUUAACGUUCCUUUACGAUGUCGUGUAGAAACUGAAAGUGGUGUGGAUUUUCAUCUUCCUCCUAACAAGUUAGCCCGCUUCCAUUUUAGACUGCAUCAUCACUUACCAUCAGUUGAGAUUGUUGUCUAACUUGUAAAGAAAAGAAA